UCUCUCUCUCUCUCCCUCUCUCCCCCCCCCUCCUCCUCCUCCUCUCGCCCCUCUCUCUUCUCUUUCCUUAUUCCCCACAGGUCUCUGAUCCCCAGCAUACAAGAAGUGACCACGCACCAGGAUGCAGCUUUGCAAAGGCCGGAUGCUGGGCAUCUCGGUGGCCAUCGCCCACGGGGUCUUCUCGGGCUCCCUCAAUAUCCUGCUCAAGUUCCUCAUCAGCCGCUACCAGUUCGCCUUCCUGACCCUGGUGCAGUGCCUGACCAGUUCCACUGCUGCCAUCACCCUGGAGCUGCUGCGGCGCUUGGGACUCGUCUCUGUGCCCCCUUUCAGCCUGAGCCUGGCGCGCCCCUUCGCCGGGGUCACUGUGCUAUCCACGCUGCAGUCCAGCCUUACCCUCUGGUCCCUUCGGGGGCUCAGUCUGCCUAUGUAUGUGGUCUUCAAGCGUUGUCUGCCCCUGGUCACUAUGCUUAUCGGCGUCCUGGUGCUCAAGAACGGGGCGCCCUCCGCUGGGGUCCUAGUGGCCGUACUCAUCACCACCUGCGGGGCAGCCCUAGCAGGAGCUGGUGAUCUAACUGGGGACCCCAUUGGGUAUGUGACAGGUGUCCUGGCAGUAUUAGUUCAUGCUGCUUAUCUUGUGCUUAUUCAGAAGACCAGUUCAGACUCUGAGCAUGGAGCCCUCACAGCCCAGUAUGCCAUUGCCAUCUCUGCCACGCCUCUACUUAUCAUUUGCUCCUUCGCCAGCUUGGAUUCUAUCAAUGCUUGGGCCUUCCCAGGAUGGAAAGAUCCAACCAUGGUCUGUAUCUUUGCGGCUUGCAUUUUGAUUGGCUGUGCCAUGAACUUUACUACACUCCACUGUACCUACAUUAACUCUGCCGUGACCACUAGUUUUGUUGGAGUGGUGAAAAGCAUAGCCACCAUCACAGUGGGCAUGGUGGCCUUCAAUGAUGUGGAGCCUACUUCUCUGUUCAUAGCAGGUGUGGUGGUGAACACCUUUGGUUCUCUAAUUUAUUGUGUGGCCAAGUUCAUUGAGACCAGAAAGCAAAGUAGUUAUGAGGACCUGGAAAAAGACUAUAGGGAAGAUGUGCAGGAGACAAAUGGUGCUCAACCACCAUUUGUUAUGGAGGCCCUGCCCUUGGAGAAAGGAAAUGGUGAAAUGGAAGGAGAGGAGACAGCCAGUGGGAUCAGUCAGCCCUGCACGGAAAAGCCUAAACAUGGUCUCUUGGAAACAGCACUGGUCUCCAGCAGCAGCCAGGAGGCUGAAGGAGUUAAUAAGAACUCAUUAAAGGACGCUUACCUUGGAGUGUGGAGAUUGGUUAGGGGGACUAAAUAUGUGAAGAAAGAUUAUUUGUUAGAAAAUGAGGAACUAUCCAGCCCCUGAAAAAGAAAUGUAUGUAUAUUAAAAUAAUAAUAAUUAUAUAUGUAUACAAUGUACAUAUAUACAUACAAACAUUUUAUAUAAAUGUAUAUGUUUUAAAAAGGGAGACAAUAUAUUUUAUUCCUAGUGGGGUAGGGAGCAUACAGAAGAGGUUGGAAGGGAUUGAUACAAUACCGGAAAACUAACCCCUAUCUAUAUUAUCUUUACUGAGAUUAAAGGGUAUGAAACUGAUUAACAAAAUAAGGUAGUUGCAUUGGUUUUAGAUUCUUGACUAUUAAUAUUUUUUAUUCUCAGUUCCCCCCUCCCCCAGGAAUCUAUAUUUUCUCCUAUGUGCAGUCCAGAAAUGAGGCACUUCAUGGGAGAGUCAAGGCUAACAAUUCUGUUGAAGUGGGAACUACAAUCUUGCUAACCUGUUAGAAAUGGGGGAAAUGGUAAAAAACAAAAUAAAAUAAAAAUGGCACUUGCUGUAUGAAGGCAAUGAUUUGAUAGACUCUAUUUCUGGAUGUUUAUAGAUAUCAUAAAAUCUCAUGUUUACUUUUUUGCCUAAUUUUUUCUUCCCUCCUUUUCAAAUAAAUGAUCAUAUUGGAUUUUUGUAGAGGAAGCAAGAGACUUUUUGAAAAUGUUAAUCCUAGGGGCAGCUAGGUGGCCCAAUGGAUAAAGCACCAGCCUUGAAAUCAGGAGGACCUGAGUUCAAAUCUGGCC